AACUGGGAGCUACAGAGAGGAGGGGAGGAGGAGGAGGAGGAAACAUAAUUCCCUGCCCAACUCUGGCCCCACACCCAGCACAGACAGCAGGUAGGCAAGCCUGCCGAGAAUACUCAGAGGGAGACCUGGGAUCAGCAAAUAGGUCCGAGCCUGGAAAUUUCGCUGAGAAGAGAUCCAAGGGAAUCUUUGCAUAACCUUGUAAGGAGACUUGCACAGGUGUGACAGGGAGGAGCCUUGGUGCUCUUCCUGGUUCGAAGGAAGAGGUGACCUUGAGGCAGCGGGGUGUCUUUCUCAGCGUCUGCCUUCUGAUCGGCACCGGCUUUCACUCCCGCUCCAGCCUCCACUCCAGCCCCCAUUUCGGCUCUAGCCUCGCCUCGCACUCAGCUCCGGCUCUCAGCCUGUCUCCAUCGCCCCCCUCCUCCCGGUUCCUGAGCCAGCAGCUCCUGCCCUGAGAUUUCGUAGGCAGACCCUCAAGCCAUGGCUGGUCCCUUCUCUCGUCUGCUGUCUGCGCGCCCCGGGCUCAGGCUCCUGGCUUUGGCUGGAGCUGGGUCUCUCGCCGCUGGGUUUCUGCUCCGAUCGGAACCUGUUCGAGCCGCCAGUGAACGAAGGAGGCUAUAUCCUCCGAGUGCUGAGUACCCAGACCUCCGAAAGCACAACAACUGCAUGGCCAGUCACCUGACCCCGGCAGUCUAUGCCCGGCUCUGCGACAAGACCACACCCACUGGCUGGACGCUAGAUCAGUGUAUCCAGACUGGCGUGGACAACCCUGGCCACCCCUUCAUCAAGACUGUGGGCAUGGUAGCUGGUGAUGAGGAGACCUAUGAGGUAUUUGCUGAGCUGUUUGACCCUGUGAUCCAAGAGCGACACAAUGGGUAUGACCCCCGAACGAUGAAACAUACCACCGACCUGGAUGCCAGCAAGAUCCGUUCUGGCUACUUUGAUGAGAGGUAUGUAUUGUCCUCGAGAGUCAGAACUGGUCGAAGUAUCCGGGGACUCAGCCUGCCUCCAGCCUGUACUCGGGCAGAGCGACGAGAGGUGGAACGUGUCGUCGUGGAUGCGCUGAGUGGCCUGAAGGGUGACCUGGCUGGACGCUACUAUCGGCUCAGUGAGAUGACAGAGGCCGAGCAGCAGCAGCUAAUUGAUGACCACUUCCUGUUUGAUAAGCCUGUAUCCCCAUUAUUAACCGCAGCAGGAAUGGCUCGAGACUGGCCAGAUGCGCGUGGAAUCUGGCACAACAAUGAAAAGAGCUUCUUGAUCUGGGUGAAUGAGGAGGAUCAUACACGGGUCAUCUCCAUGGAGAAGGGAGGCAACAUGAAGAAAGUGUUUGAAAGAUUCUGCCGAGGCCUCAAAGAGGUGGAGCGGCUGAUCCAGGAACGUGGCUGGGAGUUCAUGUGGAAUGAGCGUCUGGGAUACAUCUUGACCUGUCCGUCUAACCUGGGCACUGGACUUCGGGCAGGAGUGCACAUCAAACUGCCCCUGCUGAGCAAGGAUAGCCGCUUCCCAAAGAUCCUCGAGAACCUAAGGCUCCAAAAACGUGGAACUGGAGGAGUAGACACAGCUGCCACAGGCAGUGUCUUUGAUAUCUCUAAUUUGGACCGACUGGGCAAGUCAGAGGUGGAGCUGGUGCAGCUGGUCAUCGAUGGAGUAAACUACCUGAUUGACUGUGAACGGCGUCUGGAGAGAGGCCAGGAUAUCCGCAUCCCUCCACCUCUCCCCAACAAGCAUUAACUCCCGUCCCCAGCGGAUGACUCAAGACUCCCAGCACCUCUGCCAUUCUAAUGGCAGCCCAUUCUCCUUGCCCUGGGUGCCACCAUCAACCCCCACCCCCCUGUCCUAGUAAAGGCUCCAUGCUAUGCUUCA